AUGGGUCCGGCGAUGGUAUCGCGAAGAAGCUUCGACGUCGAGUCCAAAACAACCUUCGAUCCGUAUUCGAGCGCGAAAAGUUUCGACCAUGGGUCCUAUCCUUAUUACCCAGCACAAGAGAGUACACUUCAUCUAUUCGAGCCCGAGCUGUCGUCUGAUGAACAACAAUGGCGAUUCGAGGUCCGGGAUUGGUUGGUUUUUAUCUGCAUUAUCAUUUUGGCCAUGAUGGAUGCAUUCGACUCCACAGCUAUGAUCGCUAUUUUACCAGACAUAGCAAAUGCCUUCGACACACCACUUAUUAGCACCCUCUGGGUAAACACAAUCUACCUCGUCGCGAGCGCAACAAGCCAACUAUUUUUCACAAUGAUGUGCGACGUCUUCAGCCUCGGACCCGUCUGGAUCGCCGCAGUGGUAGGCACCACAAUCGGCACCGGGAUAUGCAGCGGCUCAAUGACUCUCAUUGAGAUAGUGGUCGGCCGACUAUUACAAGGCGUAGGCGGAGGCGGCGCCCUAAGUCUAUGCUUUGUAAUUAUGGAGGAAUCCGUGCCGCAAUCAGUCCAGUCGCGAUAUUCUUGCUACAUCCUACUUACGCGUCUUAUUGGAUUCGUCCUGGGCCCCAUUAUGGGCGGGAUAUUCGCCGAUAAUACGAAUUGGACUUGGGCGUUUUACUUCAACUUCAUUUUUUGCGCCCUCGGUCUGCUGGCGAUUCCGUUCGCUGUUGAUCUGCGCGUGUCUAAGAAUAUUCCGCUGCGGAAGCUGCGCGUUCUGGACUGGGCUGGGGCUGCCAUGGCUUCGUUUGGUAUGGCUGCUAUCCUGGUUGGGAUUAGCUGGGGUGGGGUCUCGUAUGGCUGGGAUCAGUGGCAGGCUUUGGUUCCGUUGGGGAUUGGGGCUGCUGUGAUCCUGGUGCUGGUUUUUUAUGAGUCCAAGUGUGCAUUGCAUCCGCAAUUUGGGGCGCGAGUGUUCAGAGAUCUGUCGACUACUAUGACAUACAUUGGGUGCUUCUGUCAUGGCUUCGUGAUCUUCUGUCAACUACAGUUCUUCACAUUUUAUUUUCUGUGCACACGCUACUUUUCUGUGACACUGUCUGGUGUCACCCUGUUUGCUAUCACCGGUUUCGCCGUCACACCCGCAGCAGUAGUGGGCAUCUUACUGGCAAACGAGUCAAAAUGUUCCAAGUGGAUUAUUUCAGGAGGAUGGAUCCUGACAACAUUAGCAGCCGGCUGCUCAAUUCUUCUCAACAGCAUUACACCCACAGUCGGAUGGGUGGUUCUCUUUUUAACAGCUGGACUAGGCCAUGGUCUUUUGCUCUCGAGCUACAAUAUUCGUGUUCAGAAUAUGCCAAAGAUUGAGGAAUCGGCUCUUUCAACUAAGCCUGUUACCAUGUCCCUCUUUAUGCAGGCGUGGGGUAUGGCGGUUGCUGUUCCCAUAGGUGGUGUCUUAUUUUUGACAUUCUUUGGCAAUGAACUGCAGAGCAUUGGACUAGAGUGGGACUUAGUCAACACGGCAAGAGGAUAUAUAGUGUUGAUGGAUCAGACUCUCAUGUCUGAUGGUGAGAGAGAGAUCAUUAAAGAUGCCUCCGCGUCGGCAUUACAGGUCGUCUGGGAGGUCAUCGCAGGAGUCGCUGCCUUGGGUUGCAUCUCGUCAAUAUUUUUGUGGAAAAGGCAAUAG